CCGAGCUUGUGCAACGGGGACCGGGGAGCACGAAAACAGAAGUGGGUAUGUUUAAGAAAGCAGGAGGAAGGGGCUGCUACAGAACGAGCCGUGCCGCCGGAUGGGUCCCCUGCUAAGUCAUCGCUAUUCCGAACAUCCAGCCCUGUCAUCUUAGCCGAGUGUGAAGCAUAUGGGAGGACCAAGCGGGGAGGUGGAACCAGGGGGCGUGGAAAGAGCCCCUUCUGCGCAGCUGCGUGCCGAGUCACUUCGGAGUAAGGUGGGAAGCAGUCGUGGAGUCCCGGGGCCAGCCAAUGGGGUGGCUCAGUUAAAGAGGAUGACCUGGAGGCUCUCGCUUGUGGACCGCAGUAUGCAGGAGACCCGGGGCUUGCGCUGGAGGAGAGCUGUGGGGGUUGUCUUCUGCUGCACCUGCCUGCGGAAGCGUGGCUCCCCAGGCGAGGGGCUUGCCUGCCCCCAUCAGAAGAGAAGUCGCAGCUUUGCUCCCUGCUACAAGGAGAACGUGGGAUCGGUUGCGUCGGGACUCCCACUUCUGGAAUGGAUCCACAGGGGAUCGCGCUUUGAUAUCCAGAGGCCAGGGAAAGAUAAUGACAUGGACCUGGGAACUCUCCAAAACAACAUCAACAGCACUUUGGACAACGUUUAUGAGGAUGGCCUGGAAUCGGACAACAGUAGGCCCCUUUCAAACAGCAACCCUCUCUGUAACGGUGAACAAGCCAGUCUUCUGACCGGAGGAGAUGUUGUCAAGCGCUCUCAGCCUCUGCUCAUCCAAGCCAAUAGAAAGCUGAAAGAGGAGGAGCAGCAACAGCAACAGCGUGCCUUAUCUUUGCCCUCCAUCCCAAACCCUUUCCCAGAACUCUGCAGCCCCUCCAACUCGCCCAUCCUCAGCAACUCCUCCUUGGGACCAGGCUCACCACGAGAAGGAGGUUCCCAUGUUGUGAAGGUCUACAGUGAAGAUGGCACUUGCCGCUCGCUGGAGGUCACAGCAGGGACCACGGCUCGUCACGUCUGUGAGAUGCUUGUCCAGAAGACUCACGCUUUGCAUGAUGAGUGCUGGUCCCUAGUGGAGGUCUACCAGCACUUGGCUCUAGAGCGGUGCCUGGAAGAUCAUGAGUCUGUGGUGGAGGUUCAGGCCACAUGGCCUGUUGGGGGUGACAGCAGGUUUGUCUUCCGGAAGAACUACGCAAAGUAUGAGCUGUUCAAGAGCUCGCCACAGUCACUGUUCCCUGAGGCCAUGGUUUCCAGCUGCCUGGAUGCAGCCAACAAGGGCAUGUCCCAUUCAGAACUUAUACAGAAUGUGCUGAAUUCAGGAAGCUGCCCCGAAAUCCAAGGGUUCAUGCACCUGAAAGAAGUUGGACGCAAAGUAUGGAAAAGGUUUUACUUCUCCCUACGGCGCUCUGGGCUCUAUUACUCAAGCAAAGGCACAUCAAAGGACCCCCGACAUCUACAGUAUUGUGUCGACAUAAACGAAUCCAAUAUCUACUACAUCACCCAAGGCAAAAAGCAGUACAGCACCCCUACAGAAUAUGGCUUUUGCAUCAAGCCAUGCAAGGCGCGAAGUGGGGCCAAAGGCCUGAAACUCUUCUGCAGCGAAGACGAGCAAAGUCGCACGUGUUGGAUGGCUGCCUUCCGCCUCUUUAAGUAUGGCAUACAGCUCUACCGAAACUACCAGCAGUGUCACGCACGGCAAAGAGAAACAGCGUGGAUCGGGCCUGUACCCCUGCGGAGCGUGUCGGAUAACACCUUGGUGGCCAUGGACUUCUCGGGUUGUACGGGCCGAGUGAUUGAGAAUCCCAACGAGGUUCUGUCAGUCGCUUUGGAGGAGGCUCAAGCAUGGAGGAAGAAGACGACACACCGAUACAGCCUGCCCACCCCGUUCCAGAGCUCCUCAUUCAGUGCUGCCAUCCACAGAACCCAGCCGUGGUUCCACGGACACAUUUCUAGAGAAGACACCCAGCGCCUUAUCGUUCAGCAGGGACUGGUGGACGGGGUCUUCCUGCUGCGGGAGAGUCAGCGGAACCCCAAAGGCUUUGUCUUGUCCCUCUGCCACCUGCAGAAGGUGAAGCACUAUCUUAUCCUUCCGAGCGAGGAAGACGGACACCUGUACUACACCAUGGACGACGGCCAGACUCGCUUUGCUGACUUGAUCCAGCUGGUGGAAUUCCACCAGAUCAACCGCGGCAUCCUGCCUUGCAAGCUGAAGCACUACUGCACAAGCGUCGCCUUAUGAUAGGCUCUCUUCCUAAGCGGCCUUUCCCUGUGCCCCACAGAUUGGUGACG